CCUCCUGCCGAUCCCAGCAGCGCUACAGAGACGUUUCACUUUCUGUUUCUUGGUGUCAGCAGCUCGGUUCCUCCCGGUGUCAGUCAGCUGCUCGGUUCCUCCCGGUGUCAGUCAGCAGCUCGGUUCCUCCCGGUGUCAGUCAGCUGCUCGGUUCCUCCCGGUGUCAGUCAGCAGCUCGGUUCCUCCCGGUGUCAGCAGCUCGGUUCCUCCCGGUGUCAGUCAGCAGCUCGGUUCCUCCCGGUGUCAGCAGCAUGGAGGCGGACGACCCGGUGUCCCACCUGCGCAACAACCUGAACUGCAGCAUCUGCCUGGAGGUGUUCACCAAGCCGCUCUCCCUCCCGUGCGGGCACAGCUUCUGCCAGGAGUGCAUCCAUGAGCACUGGGACCGGGAGGUCGCCUCGUCCCCCAUGUACACCUGCCCCGACUGCCGGCUCUCCUUCCCCCAGCGGCCGGAGCCUCAGAGGAACGUCAGCCUCACCAAGGUGGUGGACGACAUAAGGGCGCUGGAGAGGCGCAGUGCCCUGCUGCCCCCCGUGCAGACUGCCAGCGGCGCCCGCGGUGCCGUCCCAGCGCGAUGCCAGCGCCACCUGCUGGACGUUACCAUGUACUGCUCCUCGGACAGCCGCUGCAUCUGCCACAAGUGUAUGCUGACAACCUGCAGACACCAUGAGGUGCAGGACCUGGAGGAGAGGUGUCAGCAGGAGAAGGCGAAACUUGCAAAUGACUUGCCGGCCAGUGAGCGUCAGCAGAAGCACACGGAAGAGGAGCUCAUCAAAUGGAAGUGUAAGAUGGAGAACAUCGAGGAGUUUCAUGAAAAGACGAUGUCUGGAAUAAGGAACAAAUUUGAUCAAGUGCGUAAGACAUUGGAUGAAAUUCAGGUCCUUGUUGAAGAGUCUGUUAUCUGUGAAAAGACUGCGGCGCUGGCACAAGCAGCUGAACAUGUAGGGCAUCUAGAGCGCCAUCUGCAGGACCUAGAGAAACAUCACAAGGAAGCAGAAGUGCUGCUAAGGAAUGACAGGGUUGCAUUUCUUGAGGGUCUUCCUCAACUUAUGCCCGUCGGGGCCACUCCAAGAUCCCCAAACGUUCAGCUCAGUGGAAACCUGCAGAUGGAGGUCGUGACUAGGAUCCUACCUGAAGUCACCAAGCUGCUCCAAAUGGACCUACCUCAGUUGUUACACCCAGAGAAACCAGUAGAUAAACGUAGAGAGACCUCAGGAUCUCCAUCUGGCAUUGCUGUAAAUGACGCCUGUUGUGUAGAAGGGACCUCACCGGCAACUCCACGCAGAGAACCUGCAAGAAUCAGUGCCCUCAGAGCACAACUCUGUAAAGAUUACCGGAACCUGCAGUUUGACCCUGAGACCGCCAACAAGCAUCUGGAGAUAUCCCAUGGGAACUGUAAAGCCACUCACAGAUCACGGAGGAAUGGCGUGCCCGACUCCCCGAACAGAUUUCAGAAAUGGCAGGUGAUGUGCACUGAAGGUUUUUCUGAGGGAAGUCACUACUGGGAGGUCAUUAUAUCCACCCUCUUCGUGGAUAUAGGAGUAGCAUUGGGCUCCUUGAAACGUACCAACGAACAGGAAAGUACCAUCGGAAAGAACAGUUCUUCGUGGAGCCUGCAGCUGCGCAGCAUGCACCACUCCGCCUGGCACAACAGCCAGGAGACGAAGCUUCAGCCAACUAACUUCACACAGAUUGGCAUUUAUCUUGAUGUAACGGGUGGCACACUCGCUUUCUACGGCGUUAAGGAUGGUAGCAUGCGCCUCCUGCAUUCUUGUUCCUGCCACUUCUCUGAGACGGUGUUCCCAGUGUUUUGGAUUGGAGAAGAUGCACAGGUCACCAUCUGCACUAUACCGAACACCGCGAUGGAGGCCGAGACAGAAGAUCAGAAUAUCGGAAUCUCAUGAUCCAUCCAUUUAUUGCCCUGCAGUGUUAGUAUUGUGGAAUUAAAGGGGUUGUCUCAUGGAGGGGGGUCCUGAGCUGAGGAUCACUUACAAAACCCGUCCAGGCAUUAUAGGGUUGGCUGUUUAUUUGAAUCGCCAUCGUGUAGGGCUGCAGUAAAUGAUUAUUUUAGUAAUCGAGUAUUCUACCAAUUAUUUUUUACGAUUAAUCGAAUAACUAAUAAGAAAAAAUGAAUUAAUAGACUGUUUUCCUUUAUAAAAACUUAUCAGACCCCUGCCAUCAGUCCCCAACACCCUUCUUUCCCCCCAGUGCCAUCGGCGAUCUCCCCCCACCCCGGUGCCAUCGGAGCUCUCCCCCACCCCGGUGCCAUCAGCUCCACUGUCCCCAAGUGCCAUCGGCGCUCUCCCCCAGCUCUGUCCUGUACCUCCAAGUGUUAAUGUAUCAAUGUCCUGUCACCCAGUGUCAUUACUCUGUCACCCCAAUAGUCAGCAUGUCCUUUUCUGCCCCUCCAAGUGUCUGUAAUGUUAUUACCUUGUACCCCGAUGUGCGUUAUUAAAGAUCUGAGAUAUGCCAUUUGGCAGGGGCCCCACAGAAGUGAGUGCAGGGGCCCUGGGGGGCAGAGAACUGUAAAUACAAUCCAGGAGUGCAGUUUACGUCUCAUAACUGCGCUUAUCCUCCGCGGUUUUUAAUGCUUGUCAGGACUAUUUAUCCAGCGGCUGUUUUUUAUACAUGAUUAUGGGGAAAGCCAUCUUGUCCAAUCUGUUGCUGCUCUAAACCAGAAGGACAUAGAAAACGUUAUUCAGAAAAUAACUUCUUGACUUCUGUGGGAGAGGGCAUGCUUCAUGUUGUGGGCAUGCUUUGUGACCUGUGCAGAGGUUAGCAUGCGAGGAAAGGGAGAAGAUGAUCUGUGUCCUUCUAUUGUCCAUGUGAUUUGCCUCCAGUUAUAGCAGGCAUGCUCAACCUGCGGCCCUCCAGCUGUUGCAAAACUACAACUCCCAUCAUUCCCUGACAGCCUACAACUAUCAUCCUACAGAAGGGCAUUGUGGGAGUUGUAGUUUUACAACAGCGGGAGGGCCGCAGGUUGAGCAUCCCUGAGUUAUAGGCUAGGACAAGGUUCAGCAACAUCCGGCACUCCAGCUGUUGUAAAACUACAACUCGCAGCGUGCUUCUAUUCACUUCUAUGGGAGUUCUGAGAACAGCCAAGCAAGUGUGAAUGCUGGGAGUCAUAGGUUGCUGAUCCCUGGGCUAGGAUUACACAGAGCGAGUGGUGCACCUUUAUUAAAGUGCACACAAGGAUGGAAGAAGGAAUCGGCGUAUCUGCUGCAAUGCGCCCAAAAGACACCCCAAUAGGAACAAUGCAACCACGGCUACAGCUGCUAACAGGAUCGUGUGGUGCUCAGCAAGGGAGCUCAAGCAGACUCUUUGUGAAGGUAAAGUGGUAGGUAGAAAAGAUCGUAGCACUUCAAUGCUUUAUCCAUUCAUGUAACAUGAAGGUUGGCAGGCUGGGGAGCGGGUAUGCCCUUCACUGCUGGUCGGCGGUGACGGACGUUUUGUCCAUAUAAUUGCGGAGGUCAUAUACAAAGUUAAACAUUUUAUUACUUGCCGUACGUCUUUUGUGGUUUAUGUCAUUAUUUGUACAUGUCAGAUGUUCUAUAUUGGAAAAACUAUAAGACCUCUUUUUGAGCGGGUGCGAGAGCACCUGGGCUCCAUUAGAACGGGAUGGGGGUCUCCCCGCCUAGUUGAACAUGUCCGUGUGGUCCAUGGCAGUGAUCCGUUGUGCCUCUCUUUUGCAGGCAUUGAGGCUGUGGGGCCCAUCCCUAGGGGUGGCGACCGGCACCGCCUCUUGCUGCAGCGGGAGGCACGUUGGAGCAUCAGAACCAAGGCCAUGGGCCCGCAUGGCCUUAAUGACAAAAAUGACAUGGCCGUGUUUCUCUGAACACAUCCUGUAUGCCUUUACACGUACAAACUUACCUUCUAUUUAUGUCCUGUUCCCUCUUGCAUCCCUAUCUUUAGCUUUCUUCUUUUUUGCUUAUAUACCAUUCAUUUCAAUGGGUCUGCAAAAAAAACCUAGUUACUCCGUGUUUAUUCUGUUUC